AUAUAUAUAUAUAUAUAUAUAUUGCUAAUUAUUAAGGAAAAGAUACCGGUAAAGUAUAAGUGGAUGGCUUAUAAUUCCAGUGCAAAGCUAGAGUGACCAGGCCAACUGUACUGGGAGGAAAUUUUAUUCUUACUGUUGCUUCAGAUGUUUUAGGCUUUCAUUAUUAUUACUAUUAUUAUUUUUGUAUUUAUAGGUGACAACGAACUGGGGCUUUGUACUUGUAUCUUCUUUGAUCCAGCAGAUGAGGAUGGAAAGGAACCAGGGGUUUUUAUAACUGAAAUUAUUGAAGGAGGUGCAGUUCACAAACUUGGAUGUAUCCGUGUAUUUGACCAGAUUAUUAAAAUAGGUGACAUCAAUCUAAUUGGAUUGGAUGAAGCAGAAAUCGUCUCUACUUUUAAAAAAAUGGACGAUUCUCCUUUCCAGUAAGUAAAUUUUCCCACAUUUCUUUAAGAUGCAGAGAUUGCUAGAUCAUUGUUUUUGAUUUGGAAAUUUCUUUAGCAAUGUGUUCAAACAGAAAAAUUGGGGAGAAAGAAAGCCUAAUUAACAUGUUUAAAUAGUUUCUCUUUUUGUCUUCUUUUGCUAAGAAAUGACCCUCUUUUUUUCUGUUCAGCAGUUCACAAGAUAUUUUAGGACCCAUUUGCACCUUCCUUUCUGAAUACUCUAUCACAUCUCACGCAAACCCUUGAUUUUCAUUUGCAUUUAUUUUUAGUUAAUGAAUUUUUAUUUUCUUGGCAAAUAAUGCUCCUUGAACCUGAAGAGGUUUUUUUUGUUUUGUUUUGUUUUGUUUUGUUUUUGUAAGAAUGAAAGCUUAGCUGAAUUUCCCCAUUCUGCUCUUUGCAUGGCUAUGUCUUAAUCCAAAGUACAUAAAUUAAAUGUGGAUAUUUUGUACCUAGGAUUGAAAUUGGCCGCGAACCACCUGAAGUCAAGUCAGAACUUAUCGAACUCCUCGAGUUGUCAGAGGAAAGGAAGAAAUAUUUUAUGGAUUCGCUCAUAGUACAGGAAAAAAUUAGAGAUAUCACUAUUGUGAGAGGACAAGCAAGUAUUUGUAGAAGUCCAAGAGUACCAUGGUACUGGAUGGCCAGUGACCUGAAAUUUGUUAUUGGGGCACUGAAAAUAUUAAUAGAAGAAGAUCAGGGAUGUAGAAAAAACAUCCAAGCUAUCUUUGAGCAGGCUAACAUUUUUCAAGACAAAUAUAAAGACAUGAACACAUACAAAGUGAAUAUGGAACAGAAACCUGAUGAAUCAAAUAAAGAAGGCACAUUUUUACCAUUGGCCCCAGAAGAAGAAUUAUUACUAGAACAAUUUAAAAUAAAACCUAAAGAGAUAAAAAAUGAAGAUUUAUCACCAGGGCAAUUAUUAGCCCAAGGGGAUUUCAAUUCAGGUGAGAAAAAUGAGGCCCGGAGAAGAUAUUCAGAUAGUUACCUUCCCAGCGGUGACUUCAUGGCUUCUGGCUCUAAAAUCAAGGCCAAAGAGACCCAAAUAAAAAAAGAAAAAGAAGAAGAAGAAAUAGUAGUGGAGGAAGAGAUUAUUAGCACUGGAAAACCUACAGAGGGAAAGGCUAAAAAGGGAUUUUCCUGGUUCCGCAAUAUCAAAGAACGCAAGCUGUGGAACUUCUUUCAUUUUAAAAAACAUGACAAACAAGUAAAGAAUGUGCACAAGUGGGAAGAAAUUGAUCAAGAGGUAUUGGAUGAUUACUGUCCUUAUUCUACUGAAGCCCCUAAAACAUUGCCAACACAGUGGACAAAUAUUGAAGUUGGUAAUUGGUUAUGGAGCAUUGGAAUGGAGGAGUAUGUUGUAAAAUUUUAUUGUAAAGGAAUAAAUGGUGGAAAACUCCUCAUACUGGACAAUCACUCGCUAAAAGAAAUCGAAGUCAACAGGAAGAAAGACCGCCGGAAAAUACUUAAGGCUAUUAAGAAAAUUAGAGAUUUUUUGGAAAAAAAUCAUAUUUGGGUCUUACUAUAGAAAUUGAUGGAAAGAAGACACAGAACCUGAAAGAUAUGGCAAAAAUGGAAAACGCAAUUACUUUUGUUAUAUUGAAUUUUCAUCAUUUUACUUGUAUGUUACUUUUGCUAUAUGAACUUUUAAUCAUUUUAUUACUGUUAUUCUGUUAUAAUUAACUUUUAAUCAUUUUGUUACUGUUACUUUUGUUGUUAUUAACUUUUAAUCAUUUCACUUCAAUGUUACUUUUGUUAUAUGAACUUUUAAGGGAUUUACUUCCAUGUUACUUUUGUUAUAUGAACUUUUAAUCAUUUCACUUCUAUUUUACUCUUGUUAUAUGAACUUUUAAGGGAUUUUACUUACAUGUUACAUUUGUUCUAUGAACUUUUAAUCAUUUCACUUCUAUGUUACUUUUGUUAUAUGAACUUUUAAGGGAUUUUACUUCCAUAUUACUUUUGUUAUAUGAACUUUUAAUCAUUUUAUUACUGUUAUUCUGUUAUUAUUAACUUUUAAUCAUUUUAUUACUGUUACUAUUGUUAUUAUUAACUUUUAGUCAUUUCAUUUCCUUGUUACUUUUGUUAUAUGAACUUUUAAGGGAUUUUACUUCCAUGUUACUAUUGUUAUAUAAACUUUUAAUCAUUUUAUUACUGUUAUUCUGUUAUUAUUAACUUUUAAUCAUUUUAUUACUGUUACUUUUGUUAUUAUUAACUUUUAAUC